AUGUAUCUUCAAACUUACUAUUCUCCACCAACUAUUGAACGUUCAACUAGUCACGAAGCUAUUAGUGCUGCAGAUAAUACAUCAAUGUUUGAGGAUCAUAUUAGUAAUUUUUUUGAAUAUACAAUAAAAAGGGCUAAUGAAAAUAAUACACUUUAUGAAGUUAAUCAAUAUUUAGCUCAAGACUUUCUUGCAAUACCAUCUACUAGUGUUGCAUCUGAACAAAUAUUUAGUUGCGCAGGUCGUACCAUUAAUGAUGAUCGUGUUUCAUUAGAUCCAGACACAGUAACUGCAUUAAUAUGUCAAUGA